AUGUUUGUCUCUACACUCGCUUUGACGUCCCUCGCAGCUCUUUCGCAUCUCAGUUCGGCCUUGCCCACUGCGCAGAACGAAAACACCCUUGGCCUAUCAGUAGCUGCCAUCAGCGCCCGCAAUGUUCCCCCAGCAGUCAACCUCAGUGCCCCAAGAACAAUCCCAAUUCCUGGCGGAACCUAUUCUGUCGAAAUUGCACUUCCCAAAGAUCCAAAGCGACUCGACACAGCAGUGAUGUCGGACUUACUGGCCGCCUUCAGAGAUCUUCUCGAGCAAAAGGGCGAUGUGCCGAUGCUUAUUGAUGAGGGUAUCCGCCACGGGGAUGAGCUUAGGCUUGAUAUGGGACCCAAUCCUGUCCUUGGGAGUGAUGCAAUCAAGUAUCCCGUGGCGGCGAGGGUCAUUGACUUUUUGAAGGAUUUGGUGGAUGCGGGGGAUAUAACAACGGAGUUUGCGUUCCUACUCAUGUCUUAUACUGUCAUUCCUCCGUUGGCCAGUGGACAUUUGUUUACUAUUACUUCGGGCGAGGCUGGUAUAGCUCCGGCGGAGGGAGUUAAAGUUUCUGCUAGCGAUACAGGUGUGGCGAGUAGUUGA